UAGUGUCGAGGAGCAGCAGAGCAGACCCGUGUGUGACUUUGUUCCGUUCCGUUUCGGUCGGUCAAGUACCACCAAUAGGUUCGGUUCGGUGGUCCGUCCCUCCCCUAAGUACCUCAUUUGUUCUGUAGUACAUUCGGUCCAGGCACUGCCGCAGCAGUCGACGGUUCUAGAAUCUAUUGUUUUGGCGCUUAGGUCAGCCUGUUUGCCUUGAACCAUAUCCCCGCUUUCCUCCCUCUCGUGUUUACUUUUAAGGCGUGGCAGUCAACCCACCUCUUUUCCUGAUCUCUCUCGCUCUCUCCGUUCCUCCACCAACCGUUUACCGUUGUCCGUCGAGUCGACCCUAAAGACAUCGCACCUCGCAGUCGCGCCGCUGCUGCUCUUCUCCUAAAAGCUCACUCUCGCGUCCGCCCUAACCGCCAACAACCUCCUCCUACCGCACCCAACCUCAACCACCCCGGCGCGCGCCCCUCCUCCCCCUCCCCGCUCCCUUACCGCCGCGCUCACUCGCCGGCGCGCCGUCCGCGCAAAUGGCGGCGUAUUACGCGGAUCUAGACCGGCAGAUCGAGCAACUGUGCGAGUGCAAGCCGCUGUCCGAGGUGGAGGUGAAGCAGCUCUGCGAGAAGGCGCGCGAGGUGUUUCUAGAGGAGUCCAACGUGCAGCCCGUGCGCUGCCCCGUCACCGUGUGCGGCGACAUCCACGGCCAGUUCUAUGACCUUAUCGAGCUGUUCCGUAUCGGCGGCCGCGCGCCGGAUACUAACUACCUCUUCAUGGGCGACUAUGUCGACCGCGGGUACUAUUCGGUGGAGACGGUGACGCUGCUAGUGGCGCUGAAGGUGCGGUACCGCGACCGCAUCACCAUCUUGCGCGGCAACCACGAGAGCCGGCAGAUCACUCAAGUAUACGGGUUCUACGACGAGUGUCUGCGCAAGUACGGCAACGCCAACGUGUGGAAGGCGUUCACGGACCUCUUCGACUACCUGCCGCUCACCGCGCUCGUCGAAAGCGAGAUCUUCUGUCUGCACGGCGGGCUGUCGCCCUCGCUGGACACGCUGGACCACAUUCGAGCGCUGGACCGCUGCCAAGAGGUGCCGCACGAGGGCCCCAUGUGCGACCUGCUGUGGUCGGACCCGGACGACCGGUGCGGGUGGGGCAUCUCGCCGCGCGGCGCGGGGUACACGUUCGGGCAGGACAUCAGCGAGCAGUUCAACCAGAACAACGGGCUCAACCUCGUGGCGCGCGCGCACCAGCUCGUCAUGGAGGGCUACAACUGGGCGCAGGACAAGAACGUGGUGACGAUAUUCAGCGCGCCCAACUACUGCUACCGGUGCGGCAACAUGGCGGCCAUCAUGGAGGUGGACGAGGCCAUGGACCGCUCCUUCCUGCAGUUCGAACCCGCGCCCCGCCAGGGCGAGCCCGAUGUCGCUCGCAAGACGCCGGACUACUUCCUCUAACUUGCACUCGUGUUUUUGCAGGGGGGGUGGGGAGGUGUGUUGUUUGGGGAAAAGGGGGGGGGAGGGGGGGUUGGUAGGGAUGGGGUUUUCGUGAUACUAGUUGCCUGAUUUCUGUUGUGUGGGGAAUGUGUUAUGAUAGUGCUGUUUUUUAGCAGGCUCUUGUGCACUAUCAAAUCAUUGGUAUUGUGUAGAUGAGCUCAAACAGUAUUCAGUUUGUGCUUCUUUGUCAUACUUGCGAAUACCAUAAAUACUGUACUGUUCCAUGACACCACUAUAUUGGUGAG